AAACGCUUAGUGAUUACACGGUUAAGCACAGACACACAUAUAUAAAAUACACACAUACAUAUGUGUAUAUGAAUAUAACGGGUUCGUAACGCUAAAAUAUUUAUAUUUUCGAAAUAUAAUUUACAAAAGUAAUUUAUUUAAAAUAUAAUUUGAAGUGAUUUGCAGUGUGUGGAAGAAAAGUGAGUGUUGAAAUAUGUGCUGUGCGGCCAAUAUUGAUUUUAUGUUGGCGUAAAGCAGCCGCAGCAGCAGCAAAUGGCAAUAAAAGUGGUAGUGGCAAUAGCAGUGGCAGUGAAACAAGCAAAAGGCGAAGCAAAAGAAAAAGCAGGAGCAAAAGAAACAGCCAACGGCAACGAGUAAAGGAAGCCAUGGUGAAUACGAAGGCACACAGAAAGGCAAUAUCUACACAAAAAGUGGCUACGCGCUGUGUGUGUUGGCUAAAAUUCCAAAAAUCGUAAAAUCCAUAACAUAAUUUCAAGCAGUGAAAAUAGAAAAAUUUUUGUAUCGUCACAAUAUACAUACAUAUAUACAACAACAACGCAUACAUUUUCGAAAGAAAUCAUAAAAUUGUAAAAGAAGUGAAGGUUGUAAGUGCUUUAAUUUAGCCGGAGAACGUGCUCUGGGUCCGCAGUGUUAGCCACUUUUUUUUGUUGGCUCCUUGGUGCUUGUGUGGAGAGCCGCAGCGCAAAGUCCUGUUUGUGUAUUUAUAUAAUCAAUAUUCUGUGGCAAAUCGAAAGUGUGUCUCUUAUUGCAUGUUUUAUUCUAUAAAAGUAAUAACUAUGCCGAAAGGAAAUUAAAAAAUAAAAAUCCGUGUUGAUUCGCGUCACACAGCGCAUAUCCGCAUUUUAAAAUAUUCUAAAUUGUUACACCAGUGUACACACAAACACACUCAACGCAGUGAUUUGUGCAUUUGUGUUUGUGUUUGUCGCUCAGCUGUAGUGGUGUUGGUGUUGAAAGUGUUUCUAUCAGUGUCAAUUUGCCAACGCAAUAAUCUAUUGAGGAGUGGUAUAGAUGUAUUUACAUAUACAUAAAGGCCAACUUCUCAUACGAUGCAUCCGUCUAGUGAACAAAUAAGUAGAAGCCGACAGGAUUUGGAAAAAUCAAUAGAAUUAUCACUUUCGCAUAAUGUCUUACCACAAGUACGAUCGCAUCAUGGCAGCGCUGCCAAUAUAUAUCAAGAUCAAACGGAUGAUUUUCGAAGAAGCAUGGCCUGCAUUCAAGAUGGACUGGAACAUAUGAGAAUAGGUGGCGCUAAUCUCUCCUACACAACAGACAUCGACUUUCAUCGCCCACAACCAGAAAAUAACGGCACAGAUAGUUCGGACAAUACAUGUCAACAUCGAUGGACGCCCACAAAUGGUUACCAUGAUAAGGGUAUUGGAGUGAUGACAAGCCUACUGGGUUGUAUGAAACCGAUACUCUCCUUUAUGACCAAGACUGGCGUUAUCGAGAUCAAGGAUCCGAAAGAUUACGCUUGGGAAAUACCGUUUGAAUGCAUAACGGGGUUGGAGUGGCUCGGCAGCGGCGCGCAAGGUGCCGUCUUCAGUGGAAAGUUGAACAACGAAAUUGUUGCUGUGAAGAAGGUGAAAGAACUGAAAGAAACAGAUAUUAAGCAUUUAAGAAAGUUGGAUCAUCAAAAUAUUAUUAAGUUCAAAGGUGUUUGCACACAGCCGCCUGUAUUUUGUAUAAUCAUGGAGUUUUGUCCCUAUGGUCCACUACAAAAUAUACUGAAGGAUCAGCGGAAUAAGAAAGUGAUGCUGCCAUCUCGUUUAGUCUCGUGGUCGAAGCAAAUUGCACACGGCAUGCAAUAUCUGCACUCACAUAAGAUCAUACAUCGUGAUUUGAAGAGUCCCAAUAUACUGAUUGGCCAUCAGGAGAUAGUGAAGAUCAGUGAUUUUGGUACAAGCAAAGAGUGGAAUGAGAAGAGCACGAAAAUGAGCUUCGCUGGCACCGUAGCUUGGAUGGCACCUGAGGUGAUACGCAACGAGCCGUGCUCAGAAAAGGUCGACAUCUGGUCGUAUGGUGUUGUACUGUGGGAGAUGCUAACAUGUGAGAUACCGUACAAAGAUGUCGACUCGUCAGCCAUAAUUUGGGGUGUGGGCAAUAACUCAUUGAAACUACCGAUACCGUCCAGUUGCCCAGAGGGUUUCAAAUUAUUAGUAAAUUUAUGUUGGCAUACUAAACCGCGAAAUCGUCCCUCGUUCGGGCAAAUAUUAACGCAUUUGGAGAUAGCUGGUCCGGAGCUUUUGCGCAAAACCGACAACGGCUACUUCGAGGCACAGCAAUCCUGGAAUGAGGAAGUGCGUAUGCAUUUCAAGGAAAUCUCACAAAAUGGCACCAGCAUACAUAAAUAUGAACAGGAUUUGAUCAGACGGCGCACGGCUGAGUGGCAGCAUGCGCAGGACAUACGGCUGGUCUACGAGGAUAAGUUGGAGAAGACAAAUCGACUGUAUUUAGAAUUAAGUGAAUGCAUGACACAACUACAGGAAAAAGAAAAGGAGAUCGCUAUGCGCGAAAAGCAACUGCCAGGUUACAAACCCUCGAGACGUUUGGGCAGCACGCUACGAAAAAUACAAAACUACCGUAGACGACUUAAUCCACCUAUUAAUAUACCAGGAAAUGCUCAAAAACAACAACAAUCGUCAUCACCUGACCCCGAAACAACGCCAGAGAGCCCACUGAAGGCAACGCUCUACGCACAGGUUAUAAAUCUGAAUAAGACGAAAUCCUAUUGUGUAGCCACGCAGAAGCCGAAGAAAAGCAGACAUCGGCGGGUUGGUUCCGGUGGUUUCGCCGCUGCACCCAAAUAUAGUCCAAGUCGAGACCGGCGAUAUCAAAGCGAACCAGAAAAUCGUAAGAAUGUUAAGUUGGUCGACACUGAAACUCAAACCGAUGUCAUGGAUAUUAGUGAAAUGGAUAUUAGUCCAAAUGCCUCCUGUGCAAUGCAUGAUAUCUCUAUGACACUUGCCAUGGAGUCUGGUUUGCCAUCCUAUGAAGUUUUAUAUCUAACAGAUCGCAUAAAGCAGCGCCAGUCGGCUCAACCACAAACCGCUAUGCUAUGUAGCCAACAGCCGCUACAUCAUCAAAAUGACCAACCACAACAGACAGAUGCAACGGCAGCGGCGCUUACACCAACCAGUCUGAAUGGUAAUUCCAUGACACCGUUGGAUGUGACAUUCCAGGAUGCAUGCUCUAGUCCCGACCAAUUACUCGACGAUGUUAUCAAUAGCAACGAAAGACUUGACUUACCCGAUUAUUGUAGUUCCAAUGAGCACCUCGAUCGUCUUGGCGAAAAGGUGAUCAAGUUUAUCAAUGAAAAUCGACUGAGCAUACAGACUGCAACGUCAAUCAGUAAUCAAGGUGAGCUGGCGACAACUCGUCUGCAACCAUCUGAUAAUGGCAAUGAGAACACAAACGAUGGCAAUGGCACAAGCAGUCGCGAUGCUGCAUUGGAAAGAAUGACGCCAAGAACGAGUAGUGUGCGACGAAAACACCAGCACACAUUGGACAAGCCCUUGGCAGUGGAGGAACAAGCGUGCAACAAUGCGAAUGGUGAAUCCAACGAAGAUAUAUUCGAUGACAGUUGGUCGGAUGAAGAGGGUGAGGAUACCGACUACAAUUAUGGACUAAGACGCCGAAGCAUUGGACGUUUACCGAUUGGACGCGGCAUGCGUGCACGUCGCGGGUACAAAAUACCAAUUAUACCGAAAAUUCCAAUACACAAACGCAAUGUAACCGUAGUAUCGGAUGAAGAGAACACCUCCGAGUAUAGUCACUCACCGUCCAGCCAACAUUCUACGCUCGAAAGUAAUCCUGAUGAAGUACUCAAACAAAUGAAGGCAAACAAGAAGGCGAUCAACGCUGCGACCGCCACAACAGACAGCGAGGAGGAUGUCUCAUCGAGUAGCAGCAGCGAUGAUGCUGACGAUCUCGAAACGCAGCAUGAGCGUAGACCAACUACAACAACAGCAACGGCUGCCGCAGCAACACAACGCCAAAGGCGCGAACAACGACAACAGCAAGCACAACAAAAAUAUGCAACAACAACCAGAGCAAUAAAUAUACCCGUUGCCGAGUCAUGUAAUGUCGGCCCAUCCAACGUGCCCAAACGCAGCGAUGUCAUCUCCAUACCAACAUACGAAGCGGACGGCGCAGUGGACAUGGUCUAAGCUUGUGAAAGCCUAUUAGCAAGUACCAAACAGGCUCAGGAACUAUAACUACUCCGCGCAUAGAUACAAAUGUAUAUUUACUUAUAUGAUGAUACUAUGUUGUAUGAGGCUAUAGUUCCAUUAAACACAUAAAAAGUAGUAUGUAAAAACAAAAACAAAAAAAAUAGAGGAAAACGAAAAACAAAUUAUAAACGCAAAACAAUUCCGCUUUAGUUCAAGUACGUACAUACAUAUGUAUCUCAGAAAAAAACUUUAAUGUCCUGUAUUUAAUAUUACAACUACCAGUUUAUUAAGUAACCGUUACGAUAAGUGUACAACAAACAAGUCAGACAUCUUGUCAUUAGUAAUUAGUCAUAAUAUGUAUAAUUACUUACAUAAUUACACACAUUUACAAAGGAUUGCAUUAAAUUAAGUAACCAUUACAUUGUAAUUAAUUGUUUAUUAUAUAAUAUUUAGUUUGAACGAUAAGCAAGUAAAUUGUUGUAUGUGCGCAUUAUUUAAAAACAUAUGUACUUAUAUACUGCAUAUGAAUUUUCAAAUACCUACUGGUAUUUCAUUAAGAUUUCAAAGUUAUCGCAUGCUCAAUUUGCCGAAAAGGAAUGGUUGCCAAUCUCAUUCGAUCGACUGUUGUAAUCUUAUUAUUUAUAAUCAAUAAUGUUGUCAUAAAGGACCGUGAGAACUUAUACAAAUCCUACUUCUCUAAGGCAAAAGCAUUCAUUAAAUUAACGCAGUGUCCAUAGUUACCGUUAGUCUCGAGAAUUGUAUAAAAUUGCUUUAUUUCCUUAUACUUAUUCAGGUUCUAGAAACCCGAACUUAAAUGACCAGAAAUUCAAACUGUCUUGCACAAGUAUUUUUAAUUUUCGAAAGCCGUACAAUUAGAGAUGACUAAAACUUAAAAGGUUAACUGUCGAGUAUUUGUUUUUUGAUAAGAAAAAGCAGUUUUAGUUAUGAAAAAAGUGAUCCGAACAAAUGAUCAUCCGCUGGACGCAUGGUUAUUUCAUCGAUUACCUUUACAUACUGCUAAUUUUAUUAAAUAUUUUUCAAGCCAUAAACCAGUUCGAUUGUUCACUCAUUUUCUGCUAGAGAAAGAUCGAAAUUAACAGUGAUAAACCAUGACAAUCUACAUUUCGAUCAUUCUUUGAUGAAUAUAAUGAAUAAAUAUAGCAAAACUUCCAAGUUUUUUAAGGUAGCUUACGUGUAAGAGGAGAUAUUCGGCGUAAAUCGAAGAGAGAAACGAAAACUAAAAAAUUCUUUGUAAAAAAAUGCUGUGGUCUGUGGAUUAUAUUUAUAGUAUAUUAUUCAUUGCAUUUAUUGAAGGUAGCUGCAUACAAUUGUACCAAACUCAGUAAGCCCCCGGUAACUAAUAGCGAUCUUUGUUCGAAACGAUUUAAUAUUUUCUUCUUGCAUAUGAGUUUUAUCUUCCUUACUUUUUAGUAAACAUAUUAAUAACGCAAUUUUUGCGUAAAAUACUGUUACAUAAGAGAAAAAAACCUUUAAGCUAAAUUUGAUGUAAAGUUCAACCGUCACGCUGUAAGAUUUUUGCAAUGUACGUGUGCUACUACGAAUCCAAAUAAGACAUAACGCCUCUCAAAGUAAAGUAGAGCUACUUUGAAACUCAUUAUAUAAGGAUUACGUUAUAUCUUUCAUAAUGCACUAAUGUUCAUCACAAUUCACGGCACUGUGCCGGAGUAAAUAAUUUAAUGUUUUGCAUAUAUUUGUGACUAUGCUCAUAUAUACAAAACCAGUAAACAGUUUUAUUAAAAUUUAAAUAUUUAUGAGAUUUAUGUAACCAUUCCCGCAACAACUAUUCCAUAUAAACACAUAUACAUAUAUGUAUAUAUGUAAGUAUAUUUGUUUUUAAAUUGUGAUGCACUUAUCUCGAGUCUCGCCAUUUAUAAAGAGUUCAAGUUACUUGUUGAGCGUUUGAUAUUCAAUUACUUUUAAAAUAAAUACUAUUUAAAUUACAAUAACACAAAAUUACAAAAAGAAAAUAAUAGUCUAUAACAACAACAUCAUUAUAAAUUUAUGUAAACUGUCCAUAUAUAAUUACCUUAAGCUAUUUGUGUAUAAAGUCCAGUUAUUAAAUUGUACUUGAUUACAAUGAUUACAAAUGUACUUAGUUUCGUAAUGGAAGCGAUGAGAUUGCUUGCCUGUGCCUGCUAUUCCACGAAUACAUACUUACAAUUGCAUAUACGUUUAUAUUAUGUACUUAUAUGUUUUAAUAGAAAUACAUACCUACAUAUAUUUUUAAGUAUGUAUGUUGCUCAUUUCUUUAUUCAAGUUAAGUUGUCUUAUGUGUUCAUGUAAUUUAAAUACUGAAAUACAUACAUACACAUUUCAUA